UCUUCCCAAAUUUUUACUACUUCAAGUCUCAAAAUUUCCAGUUUCUCUCCCAAAAUCUUCAAUCUCUACUCUGCAAGACAAUGGCGAGAUUGGCAGUUUCCGACCACCGAGAUCUCAACCUCAGAGCCACCGAGCUCCGCCUCGGCCUCCCCGGCUCCGACGACGAGCCCGACCACCGCCACGGGUCGCAGUCCAACAAGAGACCCUUUUCGGAGAUUGAUAAAGAAAGUCACAGCAGCAUUUCCGAUGCCAGAAAUGACUCCCACCCUCCUCCCUCCAAGGCACAAGUUGUAGGAUGGCCACCGAUUCGAUCAUAUCGAAAAAAUAUUUUGGCCGGAAAGAAAACCGAGGGAGAAAGUUGCUCCAGAGCGUAUGUGAAAGUUAGCAUGGAUGGAGCUCCUUAUCUAAGGAAGAUGGAUCUUACCAUUUACAAAAGCUACGUAGAGCUCGUGAAGGCCUUGGAAAACAUGUUCAAAUUCAACCUCGGUGAUUACUCAGAGAAGGAAGGUUUCAAUGGAUCGGAUUACGCUCCUACUUACGAAGACAAAGAUGGCGAUUGGAUGCUCGUGGGCGAUGUUCCAUGGGAAAUGUUCAUCUCCUCUUGCAAGAGGCUGAGGAUCAUGAAGGGAUCAGAAGCAAGAGGAUUGGGUUGUUCAUAAAAACCUUGAAACUCUAUAUAUAUAGAGAGAGAGAGAGAGAGAGCCGCCAUUGAUGAACUUCCAUUGAAGCAACUUUCUUGAGUUUCUGACAGCUUAUGGCUAACACACAGGAGAAAGAGAGAUCAGAAAAUAAGAUUGUAAAGAACAGAGAGAUUUGUUUUUGAUCUUGAAUGUUUUUUUUUUCCUUCCUUAGAUCCAAAACUGUAUAGGGAGGUUACUGAUCCAUACAAUUGUAAUACACAUCAAAAUGAUAUUUGAUAUACCAAACUUUUCAUCUCAAUUAAA